AUGUGUUACGUCAGCCGUUACGACCGUCGUAUUUCAACGUCGUUUGCGAUUGAUGUGAUACGUUGGCCGGGUUUACGCGUAGCUCGAUUACGUCGGGCCAUCAUGAACGAUGACACGAAUAAAAUUUGUCAUAUACUGGAUAGUGAACGUCAUAUAUUAUUCAAAGAUGUCGAUCACGAUGGGAAUUCUCCGCUAAUGUUAGCUGUUAGGUAUGCGUCACCAGUCACGAUCCGUGUUUUAUUGUCUCUCGGUGCCCAUCCAGAUGCACUGAAUUUGAGCAAUCAUCAGACAUCAUUGACUUAUUUAGCCGAAUUAAAGUGUGACGAUGAUAAUGAACGUUCAUAUGAAAUUGCCAAAACAUUGUUGGAAGCUGAUGCAGAUGUUGACAAACCGAGAUAUACUGAGUAUACAGAUGAACACGGAAAUGUUUAUCUCGAUGAAGAGACACCGUUAAUGAUUGCAAUUAAAAACAAUAAUCUUCGAUUGGCAAAAUUAUUCUGUAAAAACGGCGCCAAUGUGAAUUUUGCUCGGGAACGGACAAAAAUUCGACCCAUUCAUAUUGCCGUAGCUCAAGGUAAUUCCGCUAUGUUCGAUCUACUGGUAAACUGCGGCGCGAAAGUCAAAAAUGUGCUGACCGUUGAUGAUAAUUCACUGUUACAUUGGUUUUGUUUCUACCGUCAAAAUGAUAAUCAACUAGCAAUCGUUAAAUCUUUAUUAGAACAGGGCUGUGACGUUGAUGCGGGCAAUUCACAUCGACGAACACCCCUCAUGCUGGCUGCUCGACAUGGUCUUAUUGAAACUAUUCGUAUAUUAUUGCACGCAGGUGCAAAAAUGGACAUAACCGACUAUAAAGGAUAUCGUGCUAUUGACCUUGCUAAACAACAGAAUCAAAUGGAUUGCUAUCAGCUGCUAAAACAGAACUCAUCAAACAAAGACUUAACUAGUCGUCGUCGACCUGUCGCCAGGCAACCAAUAAUUCAUACGACUUCGGAGCAAAAAAGAGUUGUACCACAAAAAGCUGACAGUCAUCAAAAAUUAUCACAAGAUUCAGCGCGGCCAAUUAUCCAUACGGCUGGUUCACGUAACGGUACACUUAGCUGA